AUAAAUUUUUUCCCACAACAACAUGCAUAUUAUGAUUGCAUGUAUUAAGUUAGAGUAUUUAAUUGACAAUUAAAAUCGCUUAGCAGAUCAGUUUUGCGAUGAACGCAACGCAACUCGGUGAUUCGUGUUCGAGACGGUGAUUUAAGAUGGAAAACGAGCUUUACAGCUAAGGCAAGGAUUACAAAAAAAAAAAAAAAAAAAACAGCAGACAAUAGAGAAUUAGCGAAAGCUCGAGCUGCAAUAGAACUUACUUACUUACUUACUAUUUGAAUAAAUAAUUCGUUUAGUGUGAAUUAAAAUUUGUAAAACAUUAGUAACCAUAUCAAGUGCAAAAAAGUUAAAAUCGUUAAAGAAAAUUGUUAAAGUUCAUAAAAUUUUGAAAAUGUUAAUAUUAAUUGUGUUGUCCACCGUUUUGGCUAGCGCCUACAUUUACUGGACAUAUGUGAAGUAUAUAACUGGCUGGCAUUUACUUAAAAAAAUACCAGGACCUUUCACAUAUUGGGUUUUCGGGAAUGUGCCGCAAUUGGGCUUAAAACCGGAAGAUCAAAUGAGGGCGAUUUGUCGCUGGGCCCAGGAAUAUGAGCAUGAUGUGGUGCGGAUGUACGGGGGCGCGCAGCCUUACAUAAUGAUUACGAAUCCAAAAGCUAUGGAACAAGUGCUUUCCAGUAAUGUACUCACAUACAAAUACGAUCCUUACAGAUUCUUCUACCCUUGGCUGGGUCAGGGUUUACUCACAUCGAACGGCAAACAUUGGCUAAAUCAUCGUAAAAUGAUCACACCCUCUUUCCAUUUUUCUAUUCUACAAGAUUUCCUAAAGAUCAUGAACGAAACCACAGAUCGCUUCAUGGAUUUGCUGGAUGGUUAUGCGAACAAGAAGGAAAUGUUUGAUUUCCAGGAAAUCGUAACACGCUCCACGAUAGAUGUGAUAUGCGAGGCCGCCAUGGGUACACCGGUUAAUGCAAUACAAGGCCCUACUUCGCCGAUAGUGCCAGCGAUUUCUGAAAUUUGUGAUGUGAUGCGUCAGCGUAUCUUCAGUGCAUUGAAUCGUUUCGAUUUUCUCUUCGUCUGGACGGAAGCUUAUCAGAGGCAGGAAAAAGCUUUGGCGAUUUUACGUACAGAGCUUUCCAAUAUUAUAGACAAAAGACGCGCUAUUCUGCAAGAACUCAAUCGCGAACAACUAAAGAGAGAUGACGAGGGUAAGCGAUCGAAAAUGGCUUUUCUUGAUAACUUGCUGACAGCCGAGGUAGAUGGUAUGCCACUAACGUUUCAAGAUAUUUUCGAAGAAGUCUCAACGUUCGUUUUCGAGGGUCAUGAUACCACUGCUAGUGCUGUGGGUUUUGCAGUAUACUGUCUCUCGCGUCAUCCGGACAUACAGGCGCGUGCCUUUCAAGAACAGCACGAUAUUUUUGGCAACGAUCUGCGUCGUAGUCCCACAUUCCAGGAAUUAGGCGAAAUGAAAUAUUUGGAGCUGGUCAUUAAGGAGACGCUGAGGCUAUUUCCCAGUGUGCCAUUUAUUGUGCGCACUCUUUUGGAACAAACUGAAAUAGGCGGUUAUCAGAUUCCCGUUGGCGCUUCCAUCGGCUGCAGCAUUAUCACGUUGGGCACAAAUCCCAAUAUCUUUUCUGAACCAUAUUUAUUCAAGCCUGAGCGAUUUAAGGAUCGCAACGCUACCAAUCCGUACGAUUAUGUGCCGUUCAGCGCCGGUCCACGGAAUUGUAUAGGCCAAAAGUUCGCAAUGAUGGAACUGAAAGUGACAAUCUCGAAAAUAAUAAGACAUUUUAAUAUUUUACCGGCGGUAGACGGACUUUCUACGGGCAUACACAAUCUGGGAGACCCCAAUAACAAGAUAACUAAUCCUUAUGAUGCACGUUUGGGCUUCUUUCUCACACUAAAGUCUGUAAAUGGUCUAAAUAUACGGCUGAGUCGUAGAUCGUAUUGAGCAAAGAGCUUAUAAUGACAGCGUUCAUUGAUGAUGCGAUAAAAAUCGAGAUAAUUGGAAAAUAAAGGCUCUUAAAUAUA